UCCUUGUUCCCAAAUUAAGUUACUACAUGUUACAGACAAAGCUGACACAGCAGCUGGAGAGGAUGAUACUGCGACCCCAGCAACUCCUCACUCUGAGCGUGGUCAGCAGCCGGCAAUUGAUGACAUACUUCCCCUGGUGAUGCCACUCAGAAGGUCACGGUCACAGCCGCGGAUGAUGGUGGAUGAGGAUGACACAGUGCUGGUGCCGCAGGACUUUAACACAGCUAUGAUGGAGAUCUCGGAGCAGAAGUCCCAGAUCCGUCAGCUGAAGCUCAAUCGACAACAACAGGACAUGUCUCCCUGUAAGGAGGUGGAGGUGCAGGAGGAGGAGGUUGUGGAGGAAGAGCAGACCGAGGCAGACAUCCUCAAGUUACCACAGACUCCUAAAGAGGAAAAGUUGACCCCUGCUGAACUCGCCCUGCUGGCUGGGAGGAACUAUGUCAUUCUGCCUAAAAAAAAGAAGCUCAAGCACAAGGGCCCUGUGGACAUGGCCAGGAUUGAGUCCAUCCAGAGAUUCCUGGCUUCCCCGUCCAGAUCCAUGUCCAGGUGCGGCUCACUGCCUCGAGUCAACAGAGUCAACAGAGUCAUCGAGUGGGAUCUCAGGGUGCCAAGGCAUGUGAGGUCUCAUCGCUCCAGUCUUCCAAAUAUUCUGGACUUUGAGGAAUACAAGACUCAGAGGAGAUAUGGGUCUAGUGAAGAUGAGAGAGAGUGGGCACGGGGCAUCUGGAAUGUGUGGUUCGACCAGGUUUUUCCGCCAACACCGACAGGGUCUGACAUGGAAGACGACAACUUUUUUGACUUCCAGUCCGUCGCACACACUCACGCGGAGAGCACAUCUGUAUCCAGGGAGGAACGGGCCAAGAAAAGGAAGGAGUCUAUCACUAGCGUGCUGUCAGAGACUAUCGACACCCUGGAGCCGCUCACCGACACUGAGGAGAAUGUAGAAAUUAUUCAGAUUCUGAUGGAAGAGAUUGAUAAGAUGACCGCCCAGAUCGAAUCAACUGACAAGCCCUCAGCAUUUGACCUGUGUAGACGUGGAGCUCUGUGUAGGAAGAUUGGUAAAUUGAAGAGUGCAUCUUUAGAUCUAGACAGAGCCAUACAGCUGGAGCCCUUGCUGCUAGAUGCCUACUGGCACCGCCAUCUGCUGUACAUCCUUCAGGACAAGAAACAGGCGGCGCUGGAUGACCUCAACUUCAUCAUGAAGAAAAACAAGAGACAUGCUGGAGCAUACAGAUCGAUGGCUGAAAUCUAUCGGCGGCAAGAUGAUAUAACCAUGGCAAUUGUGAACUACACACAAGCUCUGAAGCUGAAUCCCCAGGACCAUGAGGCGUUCUUCCGCCGAGCGGAGAUGUAUGAACAGCGUGGUGAGAUGCUGUUGGCCCUGGAGGAUUAUGGGAAGUGUACCAAACUGUUGCCGACACGCACGGAUGCCAUCAUGAAACAUGGGAUGUACUACUUCAAGAACAGAAACUGGAACAAUGCCAUCAAUGAUUUCACCGAUCUGAUCCGUGUUGACCCGCUGAAUGCCAUCGCCCAUCUGUAUCGAGGUCAGGCGUAUGCCAGUCAGAAGCUGUGGACCCCGGCUGUGGAGGACAUGUCAGCGGCCAUCCACCUCGACCCCGAGACGUGGGAAGCCUUCUAUCACAGAGGGUGUAUACUCCGCAAAGCCCACCCCAAGCGUGCCCUGCAGGACUACAGCAUGUCGCUGCUCAUCAACGACACGGAGGAGAACAUCAUGUCCUACCUCCACCGAGGCAUCCUCUACAGCGCCAUGGGCAAAGCCGAGGAUGCUAUCCCGGACUUUGAGAGUGUGCUGAAGCUAAACAAGGAUGUAGCCUGUGCCCACGUCAAUCUGGGACUGAUCUUCAUGAAGAAGUACGAGAAUUACCACAGGGCAAUAAAAAAGUUCACCUCGGCCAUCAAGGUUGAGCCAACAUAUGUGCGAGCAUAUGUAUGCCGAGGAGAGGCCCACCACAAGAUACAUGAGCUGAGGUUGGCCUUGAGGGAUUUCACACGAGCCAUUCAUCUGAGACCAGACGUCCACCAUUACUACAUGUACCGGGGUCAGCUGGUUCUAGAGAUGGGCAACAUGGAGCUGGCAGCGUUCUGUGUCAGACAUGCCUCUGAGCUGAGCAACGACUCCACCAGCUCUCUAGGACAAAGACCCACCCAGCAGGCCAUCGUACAGUCCUUCCUCAAGAACUAUGACAAGGCUAUCGAUGCCCUGAAGAACGCGACCCGUGUAAAGACUGGCGGCACUCUGUACAUGCUGCUGGGCAAGACGCAGAUGAAGGCGAAGCACUUCAAGGAUGCUAUUAACAGCUUCGAGAUGGCCCUGAUGCAGUUUAAACCGUGGCGGCCACGAGACCCAUGGCCAGCAGAGACGGCGGAAGCUCACUUCCUGUGUGGUGUGUGUCACAACGAGCUGCGCAACUACUUUGAAGCUUAUGAAGCCUUCAAUAGUGCCAUCAAAUUCGAUCCCAACUAUGCUGAG